AUGUCUACUACGAAGUUUGAUAUUGUUGAGCAUUCACAUCGACGCUUCAAUCCACUAACAAAUUCGUGGGUGCUUUGUUCUCCACAUCGUACAAAAAGGCCUUGGCAAGGUCAGGUAGAAGCAGCAACACACGAGGUUUUACCAGAAUUCGAACCUAAUUGUUAUUUAUGUCCUGGUAAUGUUCGCGCACAAGGUGGCGUAAAUCCAAAUUACGAAAAUACAUUUAUUUUUAAUAAUGAUUUUGCGGCGGUUCGUAAGGAGCAGCCUGAAUUCUCUAAUUCUUCUAUUUCAGAAAAGUUCUCUUCAUUGUUACGACUGGAAAGUGUCCGGGGAGAAUGCAAAGUGAUUUGUUACUCACCAAAACAUAACGUGACCAUGGCGGAGAUGUCUGAAUCGUCAAUUCUCGAAAUAAUCAAGCAUUGGAUUUUAUCUUUCCUCUCGUUAUCAAUACAUGAUUAUGUUUUCUAUAUACAAAUUUUCGAGAACAAGGGUUCAAUAAUGGGAUGCUCGAAUCCUCAUCCACACGGUCAGAUGUGGUGCACUUCUGUGAUUCCCGAAGAACCAAGUAAAGAAAUCUCGUCAAUGCGGUCAUAUUAUGAUUCUCAUGGAUCUUGUCUGUUAUGUGAUUAUGUUUCGCUAGAGACACCGUUAAAUAAUAUUACGAAUACUAUCACUAGUGCAGAAUCGAAUAACUCGAGAGUAAUAUGUGAAAAUAACUCGUUUCUCUGUCUAAUACCGUUCUGGGCAAUCUGGCCUUUUGAAACCAUUAUUAUUUCCAAACAGCAUAUAACCAAAAUCACGGACCUGAAUGAACAACAACAAUCAGAUUUCGCGAAUAUCAUGAGGCGAAUUACGUGUAGAUACGAUAAUCUAUUCGAGUGUUCGUUUCCAUACUCGAUGGGCAUACAUCAGGCGCCAGUCGAUAACGCAGAACAUGAUUUCGAUUCGCAUUUACAUGUGCAUUUUUAUCCACCGUUAUUGCGGAGUCCGACUAUCAAAAAGUUUAUGGUUGGAUACGAGUUAUUAGCCGAACCGCAACGGGAUCUCACUCCUGAACAAGCUGCUACGAGAUUACGUGCUUGUUCUGAAAUACACUAUAAAUUAUCACCAGACAGAUAG